AUGCUCACGGUCCGAUCCGAGGUCAUAGAGUAUGGGUCCCUGCCCACAGCUCCUUGGAUGGUGCAGUUGGAUUCAGUGCAGGCGCUGCAGCGAAGGCUUCGACACCUGCUCCAGCUAGCAGACCAGGGUGGCGAUGACAGGGACUCUGACGAGGUGGUGGCGGUGGAGGUCACCUGCCUCACCCUCUACCUCGUUGUGGCCUACUACCUGUGCACCGCCUCCAAGGCCGACACAGCCGACGUCUGGCCCGCCGAUCUCUUCUCCUCCCAGCACGAGCCCUCCAGCCCCAUGCGACUCAUCUCGCGGGCCUGGGGCCGAGACCAACAACCCCAGCACCGAGCGCACCUGCCCAGCGUGCGCCAGCACCUCUCCGAGCACCUGGCAAUCCACGAGGCGCUGGUGAAGGGCUUCCGCGGCUUCGUCUGCGCCCACCUGGCCCUCCUGCUGGAAGCGGUGGGCGUGAGGGGCCUGCAGGGCGCCACCCCAGGCCCCGACGCCAUGGACAGCGAGGGCGGGGAGGGGGCUGCCGCAGGCCGCGUGUCGGCGGCGCAGCUUGACCGCCUGGGCUUCCUCAUCGCCCAGGGCCCCCCCUCCCAGGAGGUGUGGGGCCUGGGCGAGGCCUCCCCCACCCGCGGCUCGCCCAUGGACAUCUGCGCCACGCCCACCCUGUUCCAGGACGCCCCCCACCGCCUGAGUUCGCUGAGCCCCUUCUUCCACGACCCCUCCCAGCCUGACCCCCCCGCCCUGGCCCUGGUCUCCCUGGCCUCCCCCUCCGACCUCCAGUCCCUGCACAAGGCCACGGUGGUGCGUGGCGAGGAUGACUUCCCCGGCGGCGCCGCGCGCGUGCUGGACUGCCACGACUGCAUCGUGUACGCGCUGGCCCCGCUGCGCCACGCCCUGAUCUCCUGCUGCACCGACUGCCUGGUGGUGGUGGGCGCGGUGGGCUGCAUGCUGCGCGUGGAGCGCUGCGAGCGGGUGCAGGUGGUGGCCGCCGCGCGCGCGGCCACGGUCAACACCUGCCACGACUGCAUCCUGCACCUGGGCGUGAACCGCGAGCCGCUGCUGGCGGGCGACAACCGCUUCGUCCAGCUCGCGCCCUACAACGCAGGGAGCGGCAGCGACCCGCUGUCGGCAUUCCUGGACUCGGGCGAGGGCGGGGGCUCGCAGUUCCCGGCCUCCCCCUUCCCCCUCCCGCAGCAGUACUUUGAGACAUGGGAGGCCAAGAUGGCGGCAGCGGGGGAGGUGCGGGCUGCCGUGAAGGAGGCUGCGCUGGAGGAGGGGCGACGACGCGAACUCAUGGCGGCCAUUCAGGCCAGCUUCAAGGACUGGCUGCAGUCCACAGGGUCCAUGCGGCACGUGUAUGACAUCGCACGCAUGGAGCGGGCGGAGGCAGGGACAGGGAGCGGGGGAAGGGGGUGA